AUGGCAGAAGCACAAGAACUGCAACUUCACCAAAUAGAUGCCAAUGAAACCAAAGAAACAUUUUCAUUGGAGGAAAAUAGCUUUGAAGAUCAAGUAAUGAGGAGAAAAAAAAGUAGAUAUUAUUUCAAGAUAGUCAUUUAUGCUGUACUUGUGUUGGUAGGGCAGUCAGCUGCAACACUUCUUGGAAGAUUGUAUUAUGAAAAAGGAGGAAAGAGUAAAUGGAUGGAAACAGUUGUUCAGCUUGCUGGUUUCCCAAUUCUAUUACCUUAUUAUUUUUUCAUCUCAUCAACCAAAAAACUCACCAAAAAUAAAAAUAAUAACAUUAUUGAUCCAAUUCCAUAUCAACCACCUGUUUUCAUGCUAGCUUUUGUGUAUGUCUCAAUUGGUCUACUUGUUGGAUUAAUUUGUUACUUAUUUUCAUUUGGGCUGUUAUACCUACCUGUCUCUACUUUUACACUUAUUUGCUCAUCACAGUUAGGUUUCAAUGCUUUAUUUGCUUAUUUCUUGAAUUCACUCAAGCUCACACCUUGUAUAAUAAACUCCUUAGUCCUUCUAACAAUUUCUUCCUCCCUCCUUGUGUUCCAAAGCGAGUCAUCGAAUUCCACAAAUGUUUCGAAGAAAAUGUAUGUGAUUGGAUUCAUCUGCACUUUAGCUGCAUCUGCAGGGUAUGGAUUGGUCCUUUCCCUUACACAACUAGCUUUCAAGAAGGUUGUGAAGAGCGAGAGUUUUAAAGCUGUUAUGGAUAUGAUAAUAUAUCAGUCAUUGGUAGCUACUUGUGUUCCUCUAGUAGGACUUUUUGCUAGUGGAGAGUGGAAUGGUAUAAAGAAAGAAAUGGAAGAGUAUCAGAUGGGGAAAGCUUCUUAUAUUCUUGAUCUUACAUUCACAGCCAUAACAUGGCAAGUCUUUACUAUUGGUAGUGUUGGACUUAUUUUUGAGAUUUCUUCUCUAUUUUCGAAUGCUAUAAGUGUUCUGGGUUUGCCUAUUGUUCCUAUAUUAGCUGUGGUUUUCUUUCAAGACAAAAUGCAUGGGAUUAAGGCCAUAUCUAUGGUACUAGCUGUUUGGGGCUUUAUAUCUUAUAUGUAUCAGCAGUAUUUGGACGAGAGCAACGGUGAGGUAGAAAAGAGAGACACUCGUCACGUUACUAAAGUUACUUCACCUUUGGAAGUGGAUGACUGA